CUGUAACUUCACCAUCACUGAGACCCAAACAUCUGAGAUCAUCUCUCUACCAGCAGACAACGAAGCCCCAGAGCAGCUGAGGCAGUGUCUAAGGAAGGACUAUGGAGGCCCCAUUGUGUCUGAUUGAAAACCCUGAAAAUGGCAAAUUCCGGGUAAAUCCUGAGGCGAUUGACGUCCUGUCCCAGAUCAGCCAGCCGGUGGUGGUGGUGGCAAUCGUAGGCCUGUAUCGUACAGGAAAGUCCGAUCUGAUGAACAAGCUGGCUGGAGCCCAGAGAGAGUUUAAGUUUGGCUCAAAUGUCCAAGCUAAGACCAAGGGCAUCUGGAUGUGGUGUCUUCCCCACCCCACCAAGGAGAAUCACACCCUGGUUCUGCUGGACACAGAAGGGCUGGGGGACGUGGAAAAGGAGGACACGAGGAAUGACACGUGGAUCUUCUGUCUGGCCAACCUACUGAGCAGCACCUUCAUCUACAACAGCAGAGGUGUCAUUGACGAGGACGCCAUUGAAAAGCUCCGAUAUGUGGGGGAAAUGUCUAAAUUUAUUAAGGUGAAAACUAAAAACAAUAAUAACGAGGAGGCUGAGUUUUCCACACACUUCCCCAACUUCAUCUGGACGGUCAGGGACUUCAAUCUGGAGCUGAACGGAGAGGCCAUCACAGCGGACGCUUAUCUGGAGAAAGCGCUAAGGCUGCAGAAUGACUCCAAUGUUCAGCGGAAUGGGAUAUGGUGGGCUGCAUUUGGAAUCCGCCCUCCCUACCUGGAUCUAUAUAAUGAGGGGAACAACAGGAAGGUACGAGAUUGUAACAACUGCAGAGACUGCAUCCGGAUGUACUUCAAGUCGCGCAAAUGUUUUGUGUUUGGCUUCUCUACGGGGGAUGGACAUAUACUCAAGAGGAUGGAUGAGGAUGCAUUUGUAGCCCAAACCCGGGAAUUCUGUGACCACAUUUAUGAGACAGCUGAGGUAAAAUGCUUGGAUAAAAUACAUGUGGUCACAGGGAGAGUGUUAGGAGACCUGGCCCAGCUGUACGUAGAAUCUAUAGGCUCCUCCAAUGUCGCCUGCAUUGAGAAUGUAGAGGUAAAAAUAUCUGAUGCACAAAACAAGGCAGCUGUGCGGAACGCCACGCAAUACUAUGAAGCCAAGAUGAAGGAGCGCGUUGUGUUCCUUACUGAGACACUUGAUGAAUUUAUGGAGCUGAGAAGGCAGUGUAAUAAUGAAGCUCUUCAGAUAUUCUUGGAAAUGGCCUUCAAGGACAACAUGCUACUGUACCUGAAAGAAUUCCUGGAAUACAUAGAGAAGAAAAAAAGUGGAUUUUUCGAGAUGAACGACAGGCAGUCUUACAAGUAUUGCUGGAAGCUGAUUAAAAAACACUCAGAAUACUUUGAGACAGCUCUAAAAUAUGACUUUGACUACGGGCGAGGCGGGUACCAGAAGUUUAAAGAGAAUUUGAAGCUCUUAAAAGAGAAAUACUUUAGUGAGCCACAUAAAGGCACACAGGCUGAGGCAGUAUUUCUGGAGUUCCUAAACUCAAAGAUGACACUCGGAAAUACUAUUUUGAUGAAUGACGAUGAUUUAAACAAACAGCAAAAAAAACAAGAAGGAAUCUACUUUUUGGUGAGAAAAACCAAUUUUGUCUUUAUUUUUGGGUGUGGUCCACAAAAACAAGACUUUAUUUCUUUAGGAGCAGAAGAAAGGAUGAGGAAGGAAAAAGAAGAGAUGAAGGAGAGAAUGGAUGAAAUGAAAUCAUCAGAGGAGAAGCUGAAGUCUGAGGAGCAGAAAAGAACUGCACAGGAGAGCUUUGAACGGCUGAAGGAGAAGAUCAAAGCUGACAAUGAAAUGAAGCAGAUUAAACUAAAAUUUAUCAUUGAGCAGAAGAAAAGAGAAAUGGAGGCGUAUAAAUCGGAGGGGUAUUAUACCCGCGCCAGAAAGUACGAGUGUCAAGUAACGCUGUUGCAGAAGCAGAGAGAUGAGUUGGAAAAUCUCGGAUGGGUCGUUUUGCUAUUUACCCUGAUUAUGGGCAUAUAUCUAUCUGUACCGGUUGGCAUCGCUGUAGUUGGCGGCAUAAUCUUUGGUGGAAUUGCACGUUUAUUUUCAAGAUAAUGGAACGCUGAUACAUUAUUAUACUCACAGUAUAAGGUACCAGUGUGCUGUCUGUGUGAUAUAAAUGACAUACAGGAAUUUGUUUCAAAUAUUUACGAUAUAGGAGUCUGUGGUUUCAUAUCUUGCAGCAUGGUCACCUCAUCUAAAAGCGUGCUUUUUAUUUUUAUCAUUUUCCUUUUCAAUCGCCCUCGUUUGGGUCUUUUAGAUAUAUCUGAGUAGAUAAGUAAUUAAAGUGGCUCACAGUCCUGGCUUCUCACACGUGGACGCAAAACGUGGGCACAUUGGAUAUUUAGCACUUUGGUUGAGCAGAAUAACAAUAUAAUGGGAUAUAGUUAUGUGACCGGUGGUCAGGAGACCAAAGGUCACAUAACCUCCCCCUAAAUCCCAUCCCCUCAAAAUCCUGAUGGUUGGCAUGCCAACCAACAGGGACUAUUCCCACUCGUGGGUGUCCACGACACCCAUAGGGGGAUAUUCAAUUUUUUUGAAAAGUCAGUUGGGAGUCUGUUUUUUCAUAUCCAAUAGACGGGAAAAAACAGACACCCAACCGACUUUUCAAACAUUUGAAUUCCACCCUAUUGAGUGUGAAUAGAACCCGUGGCGACCACAGGCUCUCCUGACCGCGGGUCACGUAUACCACACCCCAAUAUAAUAUAGGGACAAAUGUCCUCAUACACAGGACAAAAGAGGUUAUCUGCUUAGUAACUAUAGCUGUAUGUCUAAUAAUGGUCCAGCUAAGCCUAAUCAUUCCCAGCCAUUGUCCCCUUUGUGGGUCCAUGCAUGCACCAUUAUUGGGUCACUAUGGAAAUAUCCCCUGGGACACUACGGCAUCUGUUAUGCAAAUUACUGGAAAUGAUGGUUGAAGCACACGAAAUGUGCACAACAAAUGGCUGUAUCAUCUACACCAUGGUUGUGCAAUUAGCAGUAAACUAGGCGAAUGCCUAGGGCAUCAUAUUGGUUAGGGCCAGCUCUGAAUACGCCCAUCUCUCGUGGGCCAACUCCACACAGCAAACCUUUUCAGUUUAGUGACAUUUGAUGCUUUAAUUAACCCGGAGAGAGCAGAACACAUGUACUAUCCUUAUUACACGUGCCAUGUUUGCAAAAAUGUUCUUUCCUUUUUUUACAUUACCUUGAUAUGCGCUUGGAAAUUCGCUUCUCCAUUAAAGUGCACUAUGGAGGUCCAAAAUUAGCGUUAUUAAAGAAUUGGUGCCAAUCCCAACUAGCUCUAAACUGAUGAAGGACUCAAUUCCUCUUGUGGCUGUGACUGGAGAGAACACCUCCUGCCCGGUAACAUUCAUUGUGUUUGUGGGUUGCAGUUCCGCUGGUACUGUACACUGACUGCCAUAGGAAAUGUGUUGUUCCGAUCUCCCAGUGCAGGCCGCUCCACUAGGCUGUAAUAAAACCAACGCAGCCGUAUCUUAGAAUAGAGCGUCAGAACUGCACACACCUCCACUUACAGUAAAUCUGAGUUUUUUGUUCUCCCAUUCUAAAUACAUUUGAUUUUAACCAAGUGCAAAACAGCUAUUCUAAUUCCCGCCAAACCAGCGGCAGCCUGGCCCUGUAUAUGGAAUCAUCACACAGAGGAGCUGCUCCAGCUGUGGCACUAAACACAAUCUCACCAAAGACCACAGCGCCUGUGACUAUUGCAGCCUGUACUACUAACCCCACAUUACCCUACUACUGCACACCUGCAUUUAGCAAUAGCUGAAAUCAUGUACUAUUAAAUUCUUUGCUUCCACAGCCAUAUGAGACAUGCCUCGUUCAGUGAGGUGCUGUGAGAUCAGUGGCUGGUGAGGCGUCAUAGCCGGAAUCUUCUUUACAUUAUUCUAAUCAUUUUUGUAGUCAUAACUCCGGAGUAUACUGGAGUAUGGCAGGUGAGGCUCUGCCUCCUCUG